AUGGCUAAAGUGUCAGUAUUGAACGUGGCGGUGCUGGAGAAUCCGAGCCCUUUCCACAGCCCUUUCCGGUUCGAGAUCAGCUUUGAGUGCAAUGAGGCCCUGGCAGACGACCUGGAGUGGAAGAUCAUUUAUGUUGGCUCAGCCGAGAGCGAGGAGUUUGAUCAAAUCCUAGACUCAGUACUGGUUGGCCCUGUCCCGGCAGGGAGACACAUGUUCGUCUUUCAGGCGGAUGCCCCCAACCCAUCCCUCAUCCCGGAGACCGAUGCCGUGGGAGUGACCGUGGUCCUCAUCACCUGCACCUACCAUGGACAGGAGUUCAUCCGAGUCGGCUACUAUGUCAACAAUGAGUACCUCAGCCCCGAGCUGCGCGAGAACCCGCCCCUGAAACCAGACUUCUCUCAGCUCCAGCGGAACAUCUUGGCCUCAAACCCCCGGGUGACCCGCUUCCACAUCAACUGGGACAACAACAUGGACAGGCUGGAGGCCAUAGAGAACCAGGACUCUGCCCUGGGCUGCAGUCUCCCCCUCAGCUGCACCCCCAUCAAGGGCUUGGGUCUCCCCGGCUGCAUCCCAGGCCUCCUCCCUGAGAACUCCAUGGACUGCAUCUAA